AUGGCGACUCUUCCCCUUCCUCAAACUUCCAUAAUCUCUCUCCCUAAACCUUAUCUCUCCAAUUCCUUCUCAUUCCCGCUCCGGAACUUGACACUCUCAACGAACCGCCGGAAUUUUCUUCCCCGCGGGAUUGUUACUCGUUCGUAUAAAGUGGUGGUGGAGCACGACGGGAAGAUGACGGAAUUGGAAGUAGAACCUGACGAGACGAUUCUAACGAAAGCACUUGAAUCGGGACUUGACGUGCCUUACGACUGCAAUCUCGGCGUUUGUAUGACUUGUCCGGCGAAACUCGUAUCCGGAACGGUGGAUCAGAGCGACGGGAUGCUAAGCGAAGACGUCGUGGAGCGUGGCUACGCGCUCCUGUGCGCGUCGUAUCCAACUUCUGAUUGUCACAUUAAGAUGAUCCCUGAGGAAGAGCUCUUGUCUCUCCAGCUCGCCACUGCCAACGACUGA